CUAGGGACAUCUGGCUUCUUCCCAGCACCCGGCGAAAACCAACGCAAUGUUCGGUGCGGGGGACGAGGACGACACCGACUUCCUCUCGCCCAGCGGCGGUGCCAGAUUGGCCUCUCUUUUUGGACUGGAUCAGACACCUGCUGGCCAUGGAAAUGAAUUCUUCCAGUACACAGCUCCAAAGCAACCUAAGAAAGGCCAAGGAACAGCAGCAACAGGAAAUCAGGCAACACCAAAAACAGCAUCAACCACCACGGGCACUUCUACAGUAUUGGUGGCAACAGCAGUCCAUGCAUAUCGAUACAUAAAUGGUCAAUAUGUAAAGCAGGGCAAAUUUGGUGCUGCAGUCCUGGGGAACCACACAGCCAGAGAGUAUAGGAUUCUUCUUUAUAUCAGCCAGCAACAGCCAGUUACUGUUGCUAGGAUUCAUCUGAACUUUGAGUUAAUGGUUCGGCCCAAUAACUAUAGCACCUUUUAUGAUGACCAGAGACAAAACUGGUCCAUCAUGUUUGAGUCAGAAAAGGCUGCGGUGGAGUUCAAUAAACAGGUGUGCAUUGCCAAGUGCAACAGCACUUCUUCCCUGGAUGCAGUGCUCUCACAGGACCUCAUUGUGGCAGAGGGCCCUGCUGUAGAAGUUGGAGAUUCUUUGGAAGUGACCUAUACUGGCUGGCUCUUUCAGAAUCAUGUGCUGGGCCAGGUUUUUGACUCCACUGCUAACAAAGAUAAGCCGCUUCGCCUGAAAUUAGGUUCAGGAAAAGUCAUCAAGAGCUGGGAGGAUGGAAUGCUGGGCAUGAAAAAAGGAGGGAAGCGGUUGCUUAUCAUCCCUCCAGCCUGUGCUGCUGGCUCUGAAGGGGUAAUAGGCUGGACUCAAUCAACGGACUCAAUCCUGGUGUUCGAGGUGGAGGUUAGACGGGUGAAGUUUGCCCGAGAUUCUGGCUCUGAUGGGCACAGUGUUAGUUCCCAGGAUUCUGCAGCCCCUUCUCCCAUACCUGGUGGUGACGGCCUCUCUGCUGAUCCUUUUAUAUCACCAAGUACAUCGGUGCCUUUCAAAUCAGGGGAGCCAGCUCUUCGUACCAAAUCUAACUCCCUCAGUGAACAGCUUACAAUAAAUACAAGUCCUGAUACAGUCAAGGCCAAGUUGAUAUCUCGGAUGGCUAAAAUGGGCCAGCCCAUGCUGCCCAUCCUUCCACCACAGCUGGAUUCCAAUGAUUCAGAAGUCGAAGAUAUGAAUGCUCUGCGAGGAUCCGGGCAGCCUAUGGGGACUGUGUCCACCCAGCCCUCUCUUCAGCCAGCGCAUCCAGUGUUACCACAGAUGACCUCACAGGCACGUCAGCUGCCUGUUACUGGGCUCCAACCACCCUCUGCUGCCUUAAUGCAAGUUGCGUCUCUCGAUUCCCACUCUGUUGUGUCUGGAAAUGCUCAGUCCUUUCAGCCCUAUGCAGGUAUGCAAGCCUACGCUUAUCCACAGGCAUCCGCCGUCACCUCCCAGCUGCAGCCUGUGCGGCCCUUGUACCCAGCAGCUCUCUCCCAGCCUCCCCAUUUUCAAGGAUCAGGUGACGUGGCUUCAUUUCUCAUGACUGAAGCCCGGCAACAUAACACUGAAAUUCGAAUGGCAGUCAGCAAAGUGGCUGAUAAAAUGGAUCAUCUCAUGACUAAGGUUGAGGAGUUACAGAAACAUAGUGCUGGCAAUCCCAUGGUUAUUCCUGGCAUGUCAGUUACAAUGGAAACAAGCAUGAUCAUGAGCAACAUCCAGCGAAUCAUUCAGGAAAAUGAAAGAUUGAAGCAGGAGGUCCUUGAAAAGAGCAGUCGGAUAGAAGAACAGAAUGACAAGAUUAGUGAACUAAUUGAACGAAAUCAGAGGUAUGUCGAGCAGAGUAACCUGAUGAUGGAGAAGAGGAACAACUCACUCCAGACAGCCACAGAAAACACACAGGCAAGAGUAUUGCAUGCUGAACAAGAGAAGGCCAAGGUGACAGAAGAGUUAGCAGCAGCUACUGCACAGGUCUCUCAUCUGCAGCUGAAAAUUACUGCUCACCAAAAGAAGGAAACAGAGCUACAGAUGCAGCUGACAGAAAACUUGAAGGAGACAGAUCUUCUCAGGGGCCAACUCACCAAACUGCAGGCAAAGCUCUCAGAGCUCCAAGAUACCUCUGAGCAAGUGCAGUCCAAAUUCAAAAGUGAAAAGCAGAGCCGGAGACAGCUGGAACUCAAGGUGACAUCCCUGGAGGAGGAACUGACUGACCUUCGCACUGAGAAGGAGUCCCUGGAAAAGAACCUCUCAGAAAGGAAAAAGAAAUCAGCUCAAGAGCGUUGCCAGGCAGAGGAGGAAAUAGAUGAAAUUCGCAAGUCGCACCAGGAGGAAUUAGACAAACUUCGACAGCUCUUGAAAAAGGCUCGUGUGUCCACAGACCAAGCAGCUGCAGAGCAGGCUGAGCUACAGACCCAGUGGGAAUCAAAAUGUGAACAUCUGUUGGCCUCCGCCAAGGAUGAGCACCUGCAGCAGUACCAGGAGGUGUGUGCACAGAGAGAUGCCAACCAGCAGAAGCUGAUACAACUUCAGGAAAAGUCUGUUUUGCAGUGUUUAGCCCUCCAGGCCCAAGUCACAUCCCUCACAGAGCAAAAUAAACAGCACAUCAAGGAAUUGGAGAAGAACAAGUCCCAGAUGUCUGGAGUUGAAGCUGCUGCUACUGACCCCUCAGAGAAGGUCAAGAAGAUCAUGAACCAGGUGUUCCAGUGUUUGAGGGGAGAGUUUGAGUUGGAGGAAUCUUACAAUGGCAGGAUCAUUCUGGGAACCAUCAUGAAUACAAUCAAGAUGGUGACUCUUCAGCUGUUAAAUCAGCAAGAGCAAGAGAAGGGAGAGAGCAGCAGUGAAGAAGAAGAAGAAGAGGAAGAAGAAAAAAAAGAAAAAGAAGAGCGACCUCAGAGACCGUCCCAGGAGCAGAGCUUCUCAGCCAAUUUUGGGCUGUCUCAAGCACCCCUGAGUAGGGAGAGGCAGGAGUCUCCCCUGGUACCGUCGGGGCAGGUUGUCGAGGAAACCAUUCCAUUGCCUCCUCAGGCCCUUCCCACUCCCCAGGAUGAUGUACAGAGAAGGAAAGGGGAGCCCUCAGAAGCAAAGGCACACUCAGAGAUAAAAGAUGGUUCCCUCCCACCUGAACUGGCUUUCAUCCCAUCCCACAGAGUCUUGGAGCCCCCGACUUCAAUUCUACCUAAGCCUCCGGGCCCUGUAACUAUGGACUCUGAGUGUGAGGAGACACUUGCUGCCAGCCCAGUGGCAGCUGAGCCCAACAACCCAUUAGAAAAGGUAUGUGUCAGAGAAGUAGCCCCAGAUGGCCCACUGCCAGAAAGCUCCAUGAGACUGUCCUUAACUUCAGACCCUGAGAAGGGGGACCCACUCACCUUAGGGCCUGAAAGCCCAGGAGGAGAGCCUCAGCCUCCAGAGCUCAAUAAAGACAAGGAUGUCACUACCACCACUGGUCCCUCUGAGGAGCUGUUAAGCCCAGAGGCAGGCUCUACAGCUGCAGGAGCAGCCCUCAAACCCAACCAUCCUUCUCAGCGUUCCAGUCUCUCUGGGGAUGAAGAGGAUGAACUGUUUAAAGGGGCAACUCUGAAAAUUCCAAGGGCCAAAGCACAGCCUGAGGAGGAGGACGAAGACGAGGUGGUAAGGAAAUCCCAGGCACUGUCAGCUCCUCACGCCACCACCUGUGGGCCCUUCCCCAUGGGCUCUGAGAAGAAAGAUGGAGUCUGCUGGUGGCCUGUCCCCUGGACUCUGUGUGCUGGGCCCUGUGGGAGCAGGCUUGGGGCUAGGAGGCAGCAGCUCUGUAGGCAUAGUGGGGAUGGUCAGAUACCACUUUGCUCUUGAAAAAGAAUCAUAAUCUCUGUCCAUGUAGGAAUUGUUCCCACUUGAAGUGAGGAAAGUUGGACUGCUUAGUCCUACAUCAGAAUGCUAAAAUCUCAGGUUUCACCAAAUCUGUUAGGAUAUUAUGUAUAUAUUUUAGAAUUAGAAAGGACUUUGAAGAUCAUGUUAUCUGGCAUUCUUAUUCAUAGACAAAGAACUGAGGCUCAGAAGGAUGAUUUGCCUAAAGCCACAUAAUUGGUUAAAGUCAGAGCCAGAAUGAAAGCCCCAGUCUCCUAUUAUGAUCCCCUGUUGCUGGGCAUUUUCUGCUUACUCAGCCUGCUUUCCAAACUGCUGCCUUGUUUUUGUUAUCACAAUAUCCCUGGGCAGAAAAUGGGUUCAGUAUAGCCUCACUUUACAGAGCAUGAGAGUGAAGCCCAGGAAAGUAAGUUGCUGAUCGAGCGAGCCCCAGUUCUUGCUUCUGUGGUUCCCCAUUGUGCUAUGUUAAAACAUUUCUGGCUGUCAUGAGGCAAUUUUGACUGCUGUGAUGGGAAUUUCAUUAUUGUGAAAUGUGUGUGGAGAAUACAGAUGAGUUUCAGGCUCAGUCCAUUCCAGGAACAGAAAUAUGAAUUUGAAUGGGGACAAAUUCUGUGCCCUCAUGUACCAGCCUUUUGUCAAAACCCUGGGAAGAUGGCUGUGACAGAUCUGGGAUUCAGGUUGUAUAUGCCAGACCCCUUGCCUCUUGCCUGUGUUCCUUUGGGUGAAGUGUCCCAGUUCCUUUGUUAGUCUUUCUUCCCAAGAAUUAAAUUUCCAUCUGAGAAUCCAGAAUCCAAAUUCUGCACUAAAAAAGAAAAAAAGAAAAAAAAAAACCAAUUGAGAAUCCCAGGUGACUGCCCUAAAUAUAUGUUAGACUUUUUAAUCUUUUCAUUUUAACCUUUGACUUGGUGUUGUUAGCAACAUGCUCUCCCAAGUGAGCUAACCGGCCAUCCCUAUAUGGGGAUCCUAACCCAUUGCCUUGGUGUUAUCAGCACCACACUCUCCCAAGUGAGCCACGAGCCGGCCCUAUGUUGGACUUUUUAAAUUCAUAGUAUAUUAUUGAUAUUAAUGCAGAUACCAUCAAGUAACAUCUAUUUCUUGGAUACUCUGAAAACUACUUUACAAACAUUUUAAUUUAAUCCUCUGCUAAUCCAGUGAUGAAGGCCCUUUUGUCCUAUUUUAUAGAUCAGAGGAUUGAGGCUUAGGAAGGUUAAAUAACAUAACUAAGGUUAUAACUAAGGUUAUAAAUGCUGGUGAAUGUAGAGCGAGAACUUUAGCCAGGACAGAACAGAAGCUGUGGGCCACACUUGAAAAUCCUAUACUUUCAGAAUUUAGAGAUCACUUAAUAGAUGCCCAGAGGGAAGUCCAAGGUCCGUUAGUAGGUGGUUGUGAUAGGAUUAGCUCAGAGACCUCUAUACUCGCCCCACUGCCUUCCUUUUGGCCUGGCUCUGUGAAGACUGAUCCCAGUCAAUGGUAGUUUACCAGAAGAGAAGGUACCUUAGUAGAAACUAUUCAGUUUGUGCUUGUCUCUAGCCUCAGUCCUUGCUACCCCCAUGGAACCUGUUUCCUGCCAAUUCAGAGGAAAAGGGCCACGAGCUCAAGUCAUGAAAAGGGUGGGAGAGUCUCUCAUAGCCCAUUAAUCCACUUUAUCCUCUUACCUGGUUGGAGGAAACAUGGGCGAGGCCAGUGAGACCAGGGGUAUGGGAGGCUGGGGCCCUGUGUUCCUGGGCUUCCUUCAUCUCUUGGGAUUCUCCACUUGGGAAUGUGUCCAGGCCUCCAAAUUCAGCCCUCUCAAAUGAUGGGGGUUCAUGUCCAGAGCCAGUCAGGCCACCUUACGCCACAACAACAGUGUUUUUUCAAAUGUGAUUGUAUUCUUCCCACCCUGCCUUCAUUUUCCUGCAUCCUCUCUCCUCUCUUAGGGCUGCUCUAGUCCUCUGUUUCUUUCUCCUACUCCCUUCCCACCUCUUUGACCCUACUUUUUCCACUCAAAAUGUGUGUUUCCACAUGAGAGGAAAACCUGUCAAAUCAAUACAUGUGCUUCACAAAU